AUGUUUGGGGAGGAGGCGGUGGCCGUGGAGACGCCGGCGGGAGGUGGGGUGGUUGUCCGAACGCGGAGGUUGGCCCGUGGGGCGUACUGUGUCCUCGCGGACGGCGCCAACAGUCGCCUGCGGAGAGGCAUGGGGGUCCAAAUGGUGGGAGGUGGUGUGAUCCAGCACCUGGUCAGCAUGCAUUUCAGGUCACCCACACUCGCGAAGAUAAUCUCUCGAAGACCAGGGAUGCUGUACUUCGUGUGCGGUCCAGAAGCUGUUGUAACUCUCGUCGUCCACAGUCUCAAGGAAGCCGAAUUUGUUGCCCAGAUACCCUUUUUUCCUCCACUUCAGUCGCUGGCGGACUUCUCCCCAGAGGUGUGCCGCAAUUUGGUGGAAGCCGCAGCUGGGGCGCCGUGUCAUGAUGUUGAUAUUCGCGAUCUUCGGACGUGGGGCAUGCGGGCCCAGGUAGCUGAAAAAUUCAGUGUGGGAAACAGGGUGUUUUUGAUGGGGGAUGCUGCGCACGUCUUUCCGCCAGCAGGCGGAUUUGGCAUGAACACCGGCAUUCAUGACGCGCACAACCUGGCGUGGAAGCUGGCGGCGGUUCUCAAGGGCGUUGCUGGUGAGGACCUUCUGGCGACUUACGAGCAGGAACGGAAACCAAUAGCAGAAAACAACGCUGCCGUCAGCGUGGCCAACUGGGAGGAUGCCAUUCGAGUUCCCGCAGCUUUGGGGCUGGACCCAUCAUCGGCAGCUCUGCUGAACCACUUUGCUUCAGGGGUGGCCGCAAAAUGUUUACCUGCCGGCGCGGCCAAGGGCCUCUUAAAUUUAGGUCUCUUCAUUGGACGGCGGGCCUCAGGGCUGCAUGGCCCAAUGACCCACUGGCGCCGCCAGCAGCUCACUUCGAUAUUUGAAUCGGGAAAGUCGCUCCGGCUCCUUUAUCCUAAUGAGGAUCUUGCAUAUCGCUACGAAAGCAACGCCGUACUGGAAGAAAGCAUCAAGGGGCGUUCGGAGGGCGCUCCCAGCCGAUCGGCGCCUUUCGUGCCGGCCACCCGCCUCGGAGUUCGGCUCCCUCACUGUCCGCUUCUGAUGCGCCGUCCAGCACCACAGGCUGCGAGGACGCCUGGAACAUCGGAUGUCACGGUAUGCGGAGAGGCGAGGCCAGCGGAGGUGUCCACCCUCGAUCUUGUGCCAUCCAAAGAUGUCGCAAUGCUCUUGCUGGUGGGCGACGAUGUAUCAGACGGAUCGUGGGCCCAGGCAGCGGUUGAUCUCCAGAGGCGAGGGCACCGCUUGCAGAUUGCUCGAGUUUGCAUGGGCGCCGCCGAUGUUGGGACCAAGCCCCUUCAGCGAAGCUCAAGACACUGCAGUGCGCCGGUCAGUGCAAGUGGCAACACACAGACAUUGAUCAUUGAUCAUGCCGCCGUUGCGAAAGGGUAUGCAGGAAACGUGCUCAGAGGUGUAGAUGUGGCGGAGGAUGCUGAGGGUCGAUGGAAUGAUGUAAGGGGUGUUGGUGAUGACGGCGCCGUGAUGGUGCGGCCUGAUGGGCACGUGUGCUGGAUGAGUUCGGGGCGGCCGGAAAGAGAUGGAUGUGCAGAGUUGCUCUGGGUCCUGAACAAGGCUUUCUGCAGGUCAGUAGGCAACGCUGAUUGA